CUCUGCGCAAGCGCUCAAAAAUGGCCUUCAGGAAGUUCCUCCCUCUGUUCGACCGCGUGCUGGUGGAGCGUCUCAUGGCGGAAACCGUCACCAAGGGGGGCAUCAUGCUGCCGGAGAAGUCUCAGGGGAAGGUGCUGCAGGCCACCGUGGUGGCGGUCGGGCCCGGCUCCAUGAACCAGAAAGGUGAGGUUCAGCCGAUGAGCGUGAAGGUUGGAGAGAAGGUGCUGCUUCCAGAAUAUGGAGGAACUAAAGUGGUUCUGGAGGACAAGGACUACUUCCUGUUCCGUGACGCAGACAUCCUGGGAAAAUACGUGGACUGAAUCUGAUGGUCUUUCAGAGGAGAAAUGAUCUUCAUCCAUGUCUGUUUCCUUUUUUAUGUUGAAUUGUAAAUAAUUCCAGUCCUGUUUUUGACAUUAAAGAAGUAAAACCCUC